AUGGUGUUUGCGUCUGCUUUCCAAGCCUCCUGGCAGGCUGGUGUGCUGGCCCUGCUUGGGGCCUCUGUUGCUUCGAUAUUUGUCUAUGUGGUCUACCAGCUAUGGUUCCAUCCGCUGGCGCACUUCCCCGGUCCGUUCUGGGCCAAGUUCACCUGCCUCUACUCGGGCUGGCAUGCGUGGAAGGGCGACUUGCAUCUGGACAUGGCGCGCUGUCAUGAGAAAUACGGGGAUUUCGUCCGUUAUGCGCCUAACCAGCUUCUCAUCAACACCUCCAUUGGUCUUCACGAUAUCUAUGGCUUCGGUCGCAACACUCAAAAGUCCAAGCUCUACAGCGCCAUGGUCCACCGUGCCCCGAACACCCUGACCCUUAUCGACAAGAAAGCCCACGGCAGAAAGAGACGGAUCAUCAGUCAGGGCCUGUCCGACGCUGCCUUGCGUCGGUACCAGCCAGCCAUUCUCAAGCACAUCAAUGAGCUCUGCACUGUGCUAGUGGGAAGUAAACCCGGCGACUGGUCUGUUCCACGCAAUGUUGCUCACUACUUCAACUUCCUCACCUUCGACAUCAUGUCCGACGUCCUCUUCGGCGAGCACUACAACAUGGUGACCAACGACGAACACCGCUACGUCGUCAAAGCAAUCGAGGACUCCAACGUCCGAACCUCCGUCCUCGCUCAAGCCCCCAUCCUCGCCUUCCGUCGCUGGGACCGCAAGCUCUUCGCCGAGUCCAUCCUGGCCCGCAACAAAUUCAUCCAAUUCGUCAACACCCUCCUCCAGCGCCGCUUCAAAGCCGCCAAGUCCGCCCGCCAGGACGUCUUCACCUUCCUGCUGGAUGCCAAGGACCCCGAAACCCAACAAAGUCUCUCCCUCGCCGAGAUUGGUGCCGAAACCACCACCCUCGUCGUAGCCGGCUCCGACACCUCCUCCACCGCCUUCUCCUCCUGCCUCUUCUACCUCUCGCACAACAAAGCCUGGUACACGCGCGUGGCCACCGAAAUCCGAAACACCUUCAGCUCGACCGAGGAAAUCACGCUGGGCCCCCGCCUCAGCUCCUGCAUCUACCUCCGGGCCUGCAUCGACGAAGCCCUGCGCCUCUCCCCGCCCGCCGGCUCCGCCCUCUGGCGCGAAGUCGGCCCCGGCGGCGCCACCUUCGACGGGCACUUCAUCCCAUCCGGCUACGACGUCGGCACGGGCAUCUACGCCAUCCACCACAAUGAGACCUACUACCCGGAAGCGUAUGCCUUCCGGCCCGAACGCUGGAUUCUCGCCGGCGCGGAGGGCGAUACCGAUGCCGUGGGACGUGCGGAUCGGGAUAGUUUGGCCAAGGCCCAGGGCGCGUUUAAUCCGUUUUCGAUCGGGCCGAGAGGAUGUAUUGGGAAGGGAUUGGCGUUGGCGGAGUUGACGUUGGGGAUUGCGAUGAUGUUGUGGAGGUAUGAGUUUGUGUUGGGGGAGGGGAAGGAGGGGAGACUUGGGGCGGGUGGGAAGGGAAUGGGACCGGGGAGAGAGAGGGAGAGUGAGUAUCAGCUUUAUGAUCAUAUUACGGCGUCGAAGGAUGGGCCGAUGGUUUGUUUUAGGGAGAGAGCUUAG